CUCUGCGCGUGCGCAUUGCUCCUCAGCCGCUUCCGCCUCCGUCUCGCAGGCCACUCCUCUUAGUCUGUCGAGUCGGCUUCUCUCGCCACAGGUGACGGGUCAUCAGCGGCGCCCACCCUCGGCGCCUGCGCAGACUGAGGCUCACGGUCACCAUGCCAGCGACCGCUGGGGGCCCUGGAUCUUGGAGUGAAAAUAUACUGGAAUAUUUUCUGAGAAAUAACCAGAUCACAACAGAAGAUGGCGCCCAAAUCAUCUGGUAUCAUGCAGCUAACCACAAGGUGCAAGUGAAUGAGGCACUGAGAAGUACUGCUCAUAUGAUAGAGGCCGAUGUCAUUCUUCCAAGUGAUGGAUCAGAACAUGGCCAGCCAAUCAUGGCCCAUCCUCCAGAAAUAAACAGUGAUAAUACUUUACAGGAAUGGCUGGCUGAAGUUAUUAAAAGCAAUAAAGGCAUAAAGCUGGAUUUUAAGAGUUUGGCAGCUGUAGAACCAUCCAUGAUGCUCUUGGAAAAUGUCAAGAGGCAUCUGAAGCGUCCAGUGUGGAUUAAUGCUGAUGUUCUUCCUGGUCCAAAUGGAAAUAGCAGAGUAGUGGAUGCAAAACCUUUUAUAGACACUGUGACAUCCUUCUCUCCAGAUGUGACGUUUUCCUUGGGUUGGACAACAGGAUGGCAUCCUGAGAAAGUCAAUGAAGGUUACAGUUGGACAAUGGUGAAAGAGAUGGAAUAUAUAUGUAACAAACUAAAUCAGCCUGUAACAUUUCCUGUCAGAGCUGCAUUAGUCAGGCAGUCUUGUUCUCAGUUACUCUGGCUGUUGAAGCAAUCAAACAGGUACAGCCUGACCAUUUGGACUGGGAAAAAUGAUAGCUAUUCCACUGAAGAUUUACUUUUUAUUAGAGAUCAUUUUGACAAAAAACGAGUUUUCUAUGACAUCUUGGAACCACAAAACCAUGAAUUUAAACAAGCCAUUGGAAUCAAAAUUAAUCUCUAAGAUGAAAAUUCUGCUAAAUUAUUUCAUGUUUUGCUUUUUCAAUCCUUCUUUGUCUGAUCUGAAUUAAUUACCAUAUAAAUUAUGAUGAUUGAUUGAUGUUCCAGUUCAUCCAAUCAAAAAAUACUUAUUGAGGCUUACUCUGUUAGGCUUCUGUCCUUAUAAUACUGUACCUACCUACAAGAUUUGGAAAGAAGAGAUUUCACUGGGCCUCAUAUAAUAAUGAUUUAGGAAAAUGAAUCUUUAAAACCGUUAAUAAAAAUAUUUUGGUAUAUUGAAAAUAAUUGAAAAAAUCCGCGUGUCAUUCCGAUACUAAAUUACAUGUUGGUGCUAGCAUAACAGAAAUUCCAUAAAAAUAUGCCAUCCUCUUUUCUUUUCCCUGGAGAACUAAUUAUUUCAGAGACUACAAAAGAGAAAGAGGGCUUUAAAAACGUUUUUAACUUUCACAGGGUUGAGCAGUUUUCUUAUAACAAGAUCAAGUCUAUUUACUGAAAGCAAUGAGGAUUAAAUUAGGAUGUAUCUAAAAUUUCCUUAUUGCUCAGAGCAUCCUGACAGCCAUAUAUUAAUGUGUUGUUUUGUAUUCUUUGUUUUGAUCAUAGUAUCUUAUCUAGAGUGAGCAAAAUACUAUUGGGGAGCAGAAUUUUAAUCCUGGUAAUCUAUUAUUUGUUUUUCAAGAUUUUCACCCACACCACCUUGUUCCCAGGCCUUUGUUCUACUACUAGAAUUUUAAAAAUUAUUUCCUCAUGACUUCAUUCCUCACAUUACUCAAAGAAACGCUGGAUAAUUCUGCUGAAAAAAAAAAAAAAAAAAAAAAAACACCAACUUUAAAAACACCUCUUUCUUUAUGCCAAAUCAGAAGUCUCUAGGGGCUUCUUAAAUUCAACUUCAUUGAAUUUUACUCUUUCAAUACCCUUCCUAAUAUAGUCCCACUCUACAAGUUAAUUCAGUGUCCUCAGCACAGUGCUUUGUUUCAAAAACGCUUACAUCAUCAGUAAUCUCCAGAUUUUUUUAACGAUUACUUUUAACUGUUAGUGUUCACUGAUUGUGUCAUACAUUGUAGUUGUGUCUCCUUAGCUAGACUGUGGAGUCCUUCAUGGUGAGAGAACAUUCUUAAUUGUCUUUACAGUAUCUGGCAUAGUCCUGAGCAAGGAAUUCAGAAAAAUGUGUUGCUUCUUUGAUUUAUUAAAAAGUACUUUACCAGUGAAUGUC